AUGGAUGCUAAAGCAUCACAUCCCUUUGCUGGCUUGAUUGACAUAGGCUCACAUACAUACUGUGCGACCUGUCAAACGUGGCACAAAGCUUACCUUAAUUCGGUGGAUUAUGAGGAUUGGGAGGCAAUUGAUGACGAGUACCUCCGUGAAGGUGCAGAAAAAUGGCGGGAUGCGGAGAGCCGUGCUGAGCGUGAAAGAAUAGAGCAUCUGUAUGGGGUUCGCUUCUCAGAAUUCUGGCGACUGCCUUAUUAUAGUCCCUCGAAACAGGUGUCCAUCGAUCCCAUGCAUGCUCUGAAAAAUAUCUUUGGAAACUUCUUUUAUGCCUUCUCCUGGACACCAGUUGAUUCACCUGCUGUUCUUGAUCGUGUUAGGCAGGUCAUACAAGAGGUGACUGUUCCUUCCUGGAUUUCUAAGCCUUCAGAGUAUAUAGGACUUCCUAGAGCUGGAACGCCAAAAGCAGAUAACUGGCGAAGAUUAUUUGCUAUUUUCCUGCCACUGGCGUUGUUGAGCAUGUGGCAGGUUCUCUCUCCUCUUGCAGCAUCUGAUGCUAAGGACAUGGGCUCGGUUCUGGAUACUUCAUUAUACCUCACUUGUGCUUUGAUAGCAAUGACCAAGCACAAAUCACGGCUUCAAGAUCGGCUGAAUUUCCGCGAAUAUCUGCGGUGUCAUAUACUUGGCCUGAAACAUAAUUUCCCUGGAUGGAUUCUUCCUAGUCAUCAUGUCAGUUUCCAUAUCUUUGAUUACAUGGAUCUCUUUGGGCCGGUACAUAACUUUUGGUGUUUCCCCGGAGAGCGUUUGAUAUCUCGAUUGAGGAACAUCACAAUUAACCAUAAA